CUCGGAUGUUUUGCUGGAGUGUUUACGAAUUCCAUUGUAUCAUUGGUAUUUUCCUUCGGAAUAUUAUCUGGUUUGGGUGCCAGUCUGUGUAUUACAUCUGCCCUUGUCGUAGUAUCUGUGUAUUUCGACGAUAGAAGAGCUACUGCCACCGUUUGUCUAUUGCCGGCACGGGUGUUGGUGCACUUAUAUUCGCUCCAAUGGUCGAUAUGCUCCUGAAUAUUUACACAUGGCGGGGUGCAAUGAUGAUAUUAUCCGGAUUUUUCCUUAACAUGAUAGUGUGUGGUGCUCUGAUGCGGCCUGUUGAGACUCAUAUCGAGAGACGUCAUCGACAGCGCCUUGCUUGGUUAGAACAUCUAGCUCGUGAGUCGGGUUUACCUCCUCCCUUAGAAAGUGCAGAUUAUAUAGAUAAAGACGUACUUGGUCGAAUUAAAUUACUACGUGACCGUAUGCUAGCUCCCCGCAGAGUUACAAUGAGCUAUUUACACUCUACAAAUGAAGUCAGUUGGAAAAUAAAUUCAGAUACUGCUCGUGCUAAUCCUCGAUUUGUCGAAAAUUGUAUUGAGAUCUCAGAAAAUGGCAAAAGCUACCCAAAAGACCAAUCUCAUAUCCCUUUAGCCCAGUCAAAUUUAUUACCUAUACCCGAAGAAUCACCGCUACUGCAACACAACAGCAACCAAGAUGCACAUGAGCAAAAGUACAAUUCCUUGGCAUUUAAUAUUCGGAAGGCUGAGGUAAGUGAAUCAGCUGAUAAGAAAAUGUGCAGUUCCAAUCAUCUUAAUCCUGGGACUAAAUUAUCUUCAGAGAACCGAAGUUAUAGUCAGGAUAAAUACCAUACGGGAUCGGGGAACGUGGUUACUGACAAGUUCGUUGAGCUAAAUGACAGAUGUGCAACUACCGAGAAUCCUGUUGCUGCUAACAGCAGAAUAACACAUUCCCCUCCAGCAAGCGGGAAGAUGUGCGCUCCUUACCCUUCAUUUUGUAAAGGCAAUCAAGCUCACAUAAACCAUGAUUUUUAUGAUACAAACUCUCUCAAACUUACACACAAUGAUCCUCAGAGUCCUACUCGAGAAAACAUAUUGUCUCAUACUCCUUCAUUUUGUGGCAUUUCGACAUGUCUGAUGCCAUUUUUAAAUACGUUUUUGUCUAUGGCAGCUUAUGCUAGCGUAUUUGGCAUGGGGUUGGCAGCAAAUGAUGCUCUGUGUACUGUUCUACUGGUAGAAUUUGUUGGACUGCAUCGUCUCACAAAUGGACUCGGGAUUUGUUUUUUCUGUCAAGGUGUUGCAAAUAUUUUGGGACCACCAAUGAUUGCGAGUACAAACCCAUCAGCAAUCGCGGAAAACUGUUUUGCCUGCCUCUAA